GGUGUGUGAGCCUCGCACUGAACGCAGACUCUCGGGCGCAGUCGCCGGGAAGCUAGGACUCGGCGACUGGGCUGCCAGGCCAAACGCCUAGGCUUCAGAGGCGCAAACUGAUGGGACUGGCUUGCUCGGCAGCGUCUCCCCGCUCUUCUAAAUACACUAAGCGGGGCCCGCGCUGAAGUCGAAGCUGUCGGGGGGCGCCCAGCCCGGAGUUCCAGUGUGGCCUGGAGGAACGGAGCCCGUGCAAGGGCGGCCCGGUCGGGAGCCCCCGGACCGAGCUUGUGUGGUGGGGAGACUCCCACUUCUUCCCAGGGGUGCCGAUUCCAGGACGGUUGAGGCGUCGGGGCGGCCACCAAGUCCCCAGCGGGGAGACCCCGUCGGGGAGAGGGCACGCAGUCCCAAACAGUCUUGGGGAGCCGAGCGGAAUCGGAAGGGAUCCUCCGGUGGGGGGCAGAGCCCCCGUCGCGCUUCGUGUGGCAGAGAGGCCAGGGGAACGAGCCCUCGGAGGCCGCAGCUCAUGCCGGAGUUGCGGGCGGCUGCCCAGUGAGUCCUCCUGGCCGGCGGGGCGGAGAAGAGCGACACCAAAGCCGGCGGGAGGGGAGCACUUCAAGGCCGGCGGCUGCGGAGGAUGGGCGCCUGAGCGGUUCAGAGAGCAGCGCGGCACGGGAAGGCGAGGCCAGCUUUGCUGAGGAGGUGCCAGGGGAUCCCGAAGUGCAGCCUGCCCCCGGGAAGAUGGCCCGUCCUGGCCAGCGUUGGCUCGGCAAGUGGCUUGUCGCGAUGGUCGUGUUGGCGCUAUGCCGGCUCGCCACGCCGCUGGCCAAGAAUCUGGAGCCCGUGUCCUGGAGCUCUCUCAACCCCAAGUUCCUGAGCGGGAAGGGGCUGGUGAUUUACCCAAAGAUUGGAGACAAGCUGGACAUCAUCUGCCCCCGAGCAGAAGCUGGGCGGCCCUAUGAGUACUACAAGCUGUAUCUGGUGCGGCCUGAGCAGGCAGCGGCCUGUAGCACCGUGCUUGACCCCAAUGUGCUAGUCACAUGCAAUAGGCCAGAGCAGGAAAUCCGCUUCACCAUCAAGUUCCAGGAGUUCAGCCCCAACUACAUGGGCCUGGAGUUCAAGAAGCACCAUGAUUACUAUAUUACCUCUACAUCCAAUGGGAGCCUGGAGGGACUGGAGAACCGGGAGGGAGGUGUGUGCCGCACACGCACCAUGAAGAUCGUCAUGAAGGUUGGGCAAGACCCCAAUGCUGUGACACCCGAGCAGCUGACUACCAGCCGGCCCAGCAAGGAGGCAGACAACACUAUCAAGAUGGCCACGCAGGCCCCUGGUGGUCGGAGUUCCAUGGGUGACUCUGAUGGCAAGCAUGAGACUGUGAACCAGGAUGAGAAAAGUGGCUCUGGUGGGAAUGGAGGCAGUAGCGGGGACCCCGACAGCUUCUUCAACUCCAAGGUGGCGUUGUUUGCAGCUGUGGGCGCCGGCUGCGUCAUCUUCCUACUCAUCAUCAUCUUCCUGACCAUCCUGCUACUGAAGCUGCGCAAGCGGCACCGCAAGCACACACAGCAGCGGGCGCCCGCCCUCUCACUCAGCACCCUGGCCAGUCCCAAGGGGGGCAGUGGCACUGCGGGCACUGAGCCCAGCGACAUCAUCAUCCCCUUACGGACUACAGAGAACAACUACUGCCCCCACUAUGAGAAGGUGAGUGGGGACUACGGGCACCCCGUCUACAUCGUCCAGGAGAUGCCGCCCCAGAGCCCAGCGAACAUCUACUACAAGGUCUGAGGGCCUGAGCAGCCUCGGUCCCGAGGGACACUCAGCCGGGACUGCACCUCUCGUUCCUCACCUACAUCCCUCCCUUUGCCAGCUGUGCCCACCUUUGUAUUUAGUUUUGUAGUUUCUUGGCUUUUAUAAUCCCCCUUUUGCUGCACCCUCUGGGCUUUGGAGGGGGGUGCUUGUGCCCCCAGCCCCCAUGCUCUUGUGCCUUCCCCCUCUGGCCAGGCCUCUGGGCUCUGCGGGGGUGCCCCUUCUUGGAGGGCAGGGUCGGACACUGAUGGACAGCAGGCAGGGAGAUGCCCCCCUGGCCCUGCCCCACUUCGCCCCCUUUCUCCCUUCCCAGGACUGCUUGUCCGCUAUCAUCACUGUUUUUAAUGUUUUGUGUUCAUUUUUUAGCUGUCAACUCAUUUUCAUCUGUUUGGUUUUUUUUUUUUAAGAAAAAUGGAAAAAGCAGCCCCUCCCCAGGUUUUCUGAGCCUGGCCUACCCCAGUAUCAGGGGCCUGGGGCAGGUUGUGACCAGCCAGGAAGCAUAAGAUGGCACUUCUUUUGUAAACUCCUUGACAUUUUUUUUUUUUUUUAUUGCAGGGGGGCAGGGGAGAGGCAGGCCAGGGCUGUUCUUGCCCAUGAGGGAAGACAAGAGUGUCACUGGGCAAGGUGUCUCACCCUCCCCCACUGACCCUGCUUCUACAUUGCUGAUCUUGGCAAUGGUGUAGUGGCUGCCACCCUUCCACCAAAAAAAAAAUCCCUUCCUUGUGGGAUUCUUGGGCAUCUCCUGCCUCCCUCACUCUCACGGUAAUUAACGUCUUAAUUGGCUGUUGCCUGGGGAACAGGAGAGCUGCUGCAGGCAGAUGACCUCAUGGGGGGUGGAGGGAGGUGAGGUGCCCAGGUGGCUAUUUGCCCUGCAGAGCUGGGAGUUCCCCCCUCUCCCCUCUGCCCUGUUCUCCCCUCACCUUUGGCAUCCUUGGCCUGGUGGGGAAACAGAAGCCCAGGGUGGAGAACUAAGCGGGUAUAAGGCCAGGUGGCCUGCUUCUUUUCUGGGCUCUGUCACAGGUGGGUGUCCCCCUAUCCCAGCUCCCACUAGCCCCCCAAUCUUGGUCUGGGGCUUGGAAAGAGGAAGAGGCUUGCCCAGGGCUUGGCCAGCACGCCGUGCACUUUGACCCCGGCUCCUUGCCAGCACGGCUGCUAACAGACUGCCACUUGCAAGCGCCUUGCAGGCGCUCCCAGAGCGGCCAUGGAAGGAGCUGGGCCUUCCACCAUCCACCUCCACACUGCCUCCUGGCCAGCUGCCCACUCCAGAGCCAGGUGGGAGAGGGAGCAGAACAGCCAGCCCCUUCCAGGUGGCAGUCAAAAGGGUUUUUUUGUUUUUGUUUCU